UUCUCGCGGGAUCCUCCCGAUGAAAUAUCGCGGAGGCAAAUCUAAGAAAGGUGGAGACUUCUGGAUAACUUCCUGCACAGUACUCUAAAAAAAAUCAUACCUCACACUUCAACAACAGGCCGAUAUUAAAACAAAGUGGAAUGGAUUAAUUUCGCAAAUACACGGGCAAACAAGCACUUCACCAACACGGUUCCACGCACAAGUAGGAUUUACCGCUAGCAUCCAGCCUGCUAGCUUACAUCAGCCACCAGGACGGUAGAUUGCACACAUCAGAUCAAGACGGUCUCGUAUCGAAGGACAGUAUGGUUGAGGUGGUGGUGGAGUUCGAGUACGCAGCCCUCCACGAAGAUGAGUUGACCCUCAAGCUUGGCGACAUAAUCAAAAACGUAAGAAGAAUCGAGGAGGAGGGAUGGAUGGAGGGAGAUCUCAACGGAAGACGAGGCCUCUUCCCUGACAACUUUGUAAAGGAGGUGAAAAAAGAAGAGCCAAAGUCCAAAGAGGAGAAAAAGGAGGCUAAAGAAUCAAAGGAGGUAAAAGAACAGUCUCCAAUACAGCGGCGAUUGCCAGGGAAUGUAGCAAGCCUGGUGCAGAGGAUCAGUACCUAUGGAAUCCCGGCAGGAGGACUGGGCUUCCAGCCCCACUCUCAACCCCGUGCCUCAAAAAAGAAGCCCAAGAAGCGUCAAUGCAAAGUCUUGUUUGAAUAUGUGCCUCAGAAUGAAGACGAGCUGGAACUGAAGAUUGGAGACAUCAUUGACAUCAUCGAGGAGGUUGAGGAGGGCUGGUGGAGUGGAACCAUGAAUGGGAAGUCUGGACUCUUUCCCUCCAACUUUGUGAAAGCAAUCGAAGACACAGAGACCACCAACAUUACAGAUGAGCCAGAUAACAGAGAUGGCACCUCUAGCCCCACAUCCCCUCACCCAGGCAACGGGGUCAUGGCACAGCCAAAGAAAGUUAAAGGCAUCGGCUUUGGUGACAUCUUCAGAGAGGGCUCUGUAAAACUUCACAAAGUCCAAAAAGCACCUUCUGAAAGCGAGGAAAAGAAAGAAAAACCAAUUCCAUCAUUACCAUCCUCCACAAAACCCACCCCUCUGAGCACUCCUGAACCCCCUAAAGGAGAAAAAGAGACAGAGAGCAAAGGAAAAGUAAAAGAUUACUGCAAGGCCACCUUCCCCUAUGAUGCUACUAAUCAAGAUGAGCUGGAUUUAAAAGAGGGUGACAUCAUCCAUGUAAUGAGCAAGGGACAAAACUCAAGUUCAUCAGUAAGACCAGCAGCACCAGCGCAGACCCCGGAUACUGGAGAGCCGGGUUGGUGGAGAGGAGAGAUCAAUGGAAAACAGGGAGUUUUCCCCGACAACUUUGUGACUCUGCUUGCUGAAACAGACAAAGAGACUCUCACAUCCAGAAGCUCCAUUAAAGCGUCUCCUAAACAGGAUCCCGAGGAGAAGCCAAAGAAGCCACCACCACCAUCCAAAACUCCAGUUGUUAAGCCCUUGCCAGAGAAGCCCGCCAAACCAGCUGCACCCAUCGUUCCUCCCAAAAAACCUGUGCCUCCAAGCAAGGGACUGCUGCGUCCUACUUCCAUCCACUCAAAGCGGCCUGACUUACCCCUCACACCAUCACCAGCCUCUAAGCAAGUGCACAAUGGAGAAGUUCCCCUUAUUCGACCAAAGUCUGAGUGCGAACCAUUACCCAGCAAGCCAAAAACAACUGUUGUGGAUGGCAGUGAGAAGGAUUCAGACAUGGUUGUAAAUCUCAUGAGUUUUGAUGAUGUCUCCUCUAACUCUGAGAAGUUAUCCCACCUGACUGCAAACCGACCAAAGAUGCCUGGGAGAAGACUGCCUGGUCACAGAGGCAACUCUCCGAGCAAGGAGAUUAGCGAGAAAGCUGAGAAAACUGAGAAAGUGGAUGAAGUGGACUUUGAGGCUUCCCCACAGAGUGUGUUGAAGACAUCCACAUCAUCACCCUUACCAUCUCCUGCACCUAAAGCUUGUCCAGCCACCCCAAUCAUACCUGAACCCAAACCAAAAGUCGACAAGGAGGAGGAGAAAUCUGAAAUGGAAGACCUUAAGGCUCAGAUGAAGGAGCUUGUGGUCUCUGUAGAGUUACUGAAGACACAACAAAUGCGAGAACUCCGCGAUCUCAGAAAAGAGUUGGAUGAUGAACGACUCAAACGGGUGUGCCUGCAGAUGGAGAUAGAUAAACUGAAGAAGAUUGUACAAUCAACGUGAAGUCUUGCUGGUCAGAUAGUUCUGCUGUGAUGUCAUGAGUGAAAAGCGACUCCAGAUGGAGGGACAGAUGUCAUACAUGUCGUCUUUACACUCACUGGCAAUGUUCCACAAAUUGUAAGAUUCACAUAAUUGCACAUAAAGAGGUUUUUUUUCUAGGUUUAGAAAGUGUAAUUACAACUGAUGUAAAUGUUUCUUUGUUUGUUUUAAUCUCUUUUUUGCCAACAAAACAUUAUUGAGGCCUUACUUUACUACUGUGCUGGAUAUGCAAUCUCUGCACUUAUUUAGAAGUGCAGCAGAGUAUGCAUCUAUUACUACUGAGUCUGUAUAAAAUGAUUAUGGGGGAUUAUGUUGUUUUCUUGUUUUUUUUAUGAUAUUGGUUAAUUUUUAAAGAAAACUCUUAUGAUCUGGGCAAUAUUCUGUCUGAAUUAGCCUCUUUAGAUGAUUCUAAAAUAUAUGGGAUACUCUUGUUUCUAUAGUGAUAAUAUUCUAUUUCAAAAGGGAGAAAUGUUUUCUUUUGUUGUUUUCUAACAUUCCUAUCCAGGGUAACACUAUUGUGCCUGUUAAAGAUUUUUACAAGCGUUAAUAAUGGGAGCUCUCAUGCUAUAUAUAUAUAUAUAUAUAUAUACUGUAUAUGUGUAUACUUAGAUUUACAGCAUGAUAUAUUUUAAUUGUCUACUGACUGCGGCAUCAUAAAGAAAGAAAAUAUACUAGAUUUAUGUCUUUGUGUUUGGUUACAAAUGUCCAUCCCUCCUAAGAAAAGGAAAAUUGUUUAAGUGUUCAGUGGCAGUGGCAUUUCACCAUACAAAUGGCAAGCAAUCCUUUUUACAAUUUAAGUUCCGGUUUAACCAUCUAGAGCGCUGGUGCUUUUAUUCCUUAGGGCUGUUACUCCCCCUUGCAAUUACAAAAAUCACCUUCAAAUAUGAAAAAUCCAUUUAGCUUUUUGCUGCAGAAAGUAGCUGCUCUUUGUAAUAUCACAGCAGGAAAAUUACUUUUGCGUAGAAGAUCAACAUACCAUACUGUAUUUGUUUUGCCCCAGUAAUGUUCUAGUCCAUAAAAGCCAUCUUAGAAAUCAUUCCCCACAGGUGUCAGUUCUUAUCACUUCCCUCUUCCAGCCUCGCUUUCCACAGAGCAUCGCUCGACCAUACACACAUCUCCACAUACCCCCACUGCCCGACUAAUGCCGGUGAGCUGUCCUGCCUGCCACCCACACCCCCAUUUCUAGAGAGGAAAUCUACGACAACCAUCUGCGCCCCCCAGCCUGUGGAACACCUUGAACUUUAAAGGCUGAAGUUCCAGAUACCAACGGGUAUGCAUUAGCAUCCUUGGUGCAAUGGAGCCACCGGAGCAGGGGGUGAUCUGAACAGAGGGUGAAAGCCUGCCCCAACAGAUAUUAAUGGAGGGUGAGGACCACCCACUUGAUGACCAGACACUCUUUCUCUAUUGUGCUGUACUUAGUCUCUCUCACGGGGCACUCCUCCCCCUCCUCCACCUGGGACAGCACUGCUCCCAACGAUGCAUCAUCUGCAAGAUAAAAAGAAUAGAGAAGUCAGAAGAGUGUAAGAGCAGUCCCCCACAGAGAGCAGGGGUCUGGUGCUCCCUUUUCAGUGAGAUCAGUCAGUGGGCUGGUGACAUCCAAAUAAUUAGGUACAAACCUACGAUAAUAGCCAGCCAGCCCCAAGAACUAUCUCACCUCCUUUUUUUCGUCUUUGGUCUUAGAGAGGCCGCAAUUGCUGUUGUCUUAUUAAUUUGUGGCCGCAUCUGCCCAUGACCCAAGUGGAAGCCCAGAUACCAUACAUCCAUCAGCAUGGGAUCUAAGAAUUUUAUAUGGUGCUCUAUGAGAUUCGUGCAACCGGGGAGAGACAAGAGCUCAUCAGGGAACUCUCUCUACAACCUGGCAACCUCUGUGACUUGGAACAGUGAGAGGUGGUAUCCACAAGUAACCGGGGUGAUACGAUCUGUGGCUUUUAAGUUCACCUUUGGCCCGAGCUCCUCCCUUUCCGGAACCACCAUCGCCAAAGUCACGGGAACCGCCUAUCUCCAUGGUUUUAAGAGGUUGAGGUUGUAAAUCUGACGUGCUCCACCUCUAUCCAUUCAUUUCACCUCAUAAUAUAUUUCCCCAACUUGCCGUGUGACCUCAAAGGGCCCUUGCCACUUUGAGUAAUUUAGAGCUUGAUGUAGGGAGCAAUACAAGGACUUUAUAUCCAAGUGUAAAUUCCCAUAGUUUAGUGCCCUUAUUAUACAGCUGGGUUUGACAUUACUGAGCCUGGAGCAAAUUCUCCUGUGUUAGUUGUCCCAAUGUGUGGAGUUUUGGUCUCAGGUCAAGAAUAUAUUGAAUAAAAUAUUACUGUUUUAAGGUCCCUCCUCCCAAUUUUCCCUUUAAGACGUUGAGCACGCCAAGCGGCGAUUCCCAUUGAGUAAUUAAAAUGGGGAAAACCCUGUGGAGGCUUGCGAGACCUCUUGCACUGCAAAUAAUAGGGGCUCAAGCCACUUGUCCCAAUUUUGAGCGUUAUUAUGCACAAACUUACAAAUCAUGUUCUUUAGGUUUGAUUAACUCGUUCGACCAAGCCAUCCAUUUGGGGGUGGUAAAUAUUGGUACGGAUAGAUUUAAUCCCUUAUUAUUCAUACAGUUUGCAUAGUGUGCGUGACAUGAACAUAGUGCCCUGAUCAAGGAGGAUUUCUUUCAGAAUCCCCACUCAGGAGAUAAUUCUGAAGAGUGCCUCCGUAAAGCUUCGUGCUGAGAUGUUGCACAGAGGCACUGCUUCUGGAUAUUGCGUUGCAUAGUCCACCAGAACCAACACAAAGCGAUGCCUGUGUGCCGUCCGUUCUAAUGGCCCGACGAGGAUAUUUCGAAUGGGACCUCAAUCAAUGGAAAGGGGUGCAAUGUUGCUUUUGGUGUGCCCGGUGGAUUCACCAGCUGAUACUCACGGCAUGCCACACACCACUGGCGAACAUCCCCGUGAAUUCCCGGCCAAUAGAAAUGGGUCAUUAGAUGUUUUUUUGCCCUAAGUGACCUGCCACCUCCAUUACUGGGCACCGGUCCUGGAAGUGCCCCGGUUCCCCGCAACUCCAACAGGCCAGCACAGGCUUUAUGCCCACUGCGGUAGCAGGGGAUUCACCAGACUGGGGGGAAAGAGGAGAGAGAGAGAGAGGGGAGACAAGGGAGACCCAACGGGUUGUAAAAAUCCUGGGAGCAGGGAAUAGGUUUUGGAGAAAUGCCUCUCCAUCUCUGGGGAAUGGGAACGGGAUGAAGAGGAGAGGAUGGGGAAAAGAGAGGAUGAGAGGGCUUGCCGGUCCCUGGAUACACCACCAAGUGGUCCUCAUCCAGCUGGAUGGCCUUGUCCAGCGAUGCCAGGUGGUGGAACUGGACCCAUUCUGCCAUCCCUUUCAGUAGUCGGUGAUGAACUGCGUUGGUCUUCCCCGGACAACAGUGGCAAAAGGCGGACCGCCCACUGGUUGUUGGGUCAUCCCCAAGAUUCGGCAGUCCACUCAUUAAAAGCCUCCUGGUCAUCCUGUGGGCCAAUCUUGACGAGCGUGAUGUGGGAAUGUCAAUCUUUACCACUUCCCUCUCCCGGACUAGCUCUCCACAGAGCGUUGCUCGACCAUGCCCCCGUCUCCACACAUGCACUUUGUCUUGUGAAUUGCAACAAUUCUAGAUUAAAGCCCACCAGUGUAGUUUCUAGAAGAUUGGUUGGCUGGUUGAAACAUCUGUUAUCACAGUUGUUUUAGAAACAUGCAGUAAACAAAGUAUGUCCAUUCCUCAGGCUUCCUAACACUUUUAAGGGAAGUUCACCCAAGAAUGAAAAUUGUCAUCAUUUACUCACUCUGGUGUUUUACUUAUGUGGAACACAAGGAUACAUUUUGAAGAAUGCUGACAUUGCUUUUUUCAAUAAGGUGGAAGGGAGUGGGGACCAAGGCUGUCAGUCCUUAAUGUUCUACCUAACAUCUUAUGUAGUCCACUAAAAAAGCAAGUCACAUGGGUUAAAAACAACAUUAGGGUGAGUAAAUGUUGACAGAAUUUUCAUUUUGGGUGAACUAUGCCUUUAAGAUUAAAAGAACCCCUUAAUUAUAUGGUAAAGUAUUCCGGAUCAGGGAUUGUUUGUUUGUCAGUGAGUGAGUGAGUGAGUGAGUGAGUGAGUGAGAGAGAGAGAGAGAGAGAGAG